CCCCCCCCGCGCCCACCCACCACAUCUUGCAUCUGUGAGCCAUCUUUGAGGCUACCUCCACCCUCACACAACCCACCUCUUUGAGGGGGGAAAGGAAAGCUGGCAGGUGUCUGAUUCACCCGCCAAAAAGUGCCCACUUGUUUUGCUGCCAUAUUGCAGCACCACGUCAAAUCUGAUCAAAUACUAAGUUAGAGAAAACAUCAUUUUGUGAAACGCGUGGAAGAGAGAAACAAAAGGGCGAGUUUAGAAAACGGCAAAGACACGUUUCUGUUUUCCCCUUUUUUAAUACAGAUUCUCCGCGCGGACUGACAGCACGCGAGGGGCAGAUGCAGUAGAAGUGGUCCUCAGUGUUGGGCGAUGAGUGUAAUAGCAGAAGUUGUGCUGUCAAGCGUUUCUGCAAACCACACCCCUACUCUCACAGGAAGCCCUGUGUGUGUGCCGAAACCCCCAGAACAGCCGAGAGACACACAAUAGGAAGCGAGGCAGCCAGAGGUGCAGAGAGAGAAAAAAAAACUGUCAGAAGCCAACACUGGAAGUCCCGUCGUAGAAAGAAAGAGCCGGAGGAGGCUGCGCAUGAGGCAGAACAACAGAUACAGUGGGAAGGAGAGAGAGAGAGAGGGCGGAACAGAGAACAUGAAGACUGUUGGAGGGGGAAGAGGGAGGGGAUGACAUGUGUGCUGGCCGACGCUCCACUCUUCUACUUUUUUGAUCCAAUGUGGCUGCAAGCUUGAAGACAGAGGAUGCCAUCGUCUUGGGAUUGAGAGUGUUCUGAACCGGCGGUUGAUCAGCGCGGGAGACAAACUUCCUCUUCAAUAUACAAAACUUCAUCUCUCUGUCCGGGAUACUGCAGAGCACAGGACAACAGUGGCAACUCCCCCUCGCCACAGUGGACAGCAUGGACGCUCGGGCAAGCGCCGGACUACACCAGACUACGAGCGGCUCGCCCGACGCCAGCUUCCUGUUGGAUCACAAGGCAGCUUAACAGUUAAGAGCACCUGACUUUAAGAUGAGCUUUGCGAACGAAAGCUGUGAAAACAGUAAAGACCUGCGGACGUACCAGCACCACUUGUACGCAGUGGUGUACAGCGUGAUCCUAGCCCCUGGGCUGCUGGGCAAUCUGCUGGCGCUCUGGGUGUUCAGAGUCUACAUCAGAGAAACCAAGAAGGCCGUGGUGUUCAUGAUGAACCUGGCUGUGGCCGACCUGCUGCAGGUCAAGAAUCGUGAUCAGUUGAUGAAGAUAUUACGUUUUCUGAUUCUUCAAACCUUGUGGUAUCACUCAACCGCCGUCAACCAAGUGCUCUCCCUGCCCCUGCGGAUUUACUACUACCUGAACAACAGCUGGCCCUUUGGCCAUAUCCUCUGCAUGAUCUGCUUCUAUCUCAAGUACGUAAACAUGUACGCCUCCAUCUACUUCCUUGUGUGUGUCAGCGUGCGUCGCUGUGAGCUCAUCAUGCGUCCGCUGAGGUACAACUCGUCCCGGCGGAAGGGGGACAUGGUCAUAUGCGGCGUUGGCUGGCUGUUUGUCUUUAUGGCCUGUCUGCCGUUCCCCCUGCUGAGGAACCCCGUCACCUCUGACACCCUCCUCACCGGGCACGACUUGGAGUGUUUCUCGGAGCUGCCCCUGAGGCCCAUCAGUCCUCCGGCGGCCUGGACUCUGCUGGUCAUAGCCGAGCUGAUCGGCUUCGUCAUCCCCCUCGCCUUGGUGUUAGCCUGCACCUGUCUGACUGCUGGGAGCCUCCGGGAGCCGACAGAGGGGGCCAUCCCUGACCGAGGGGAGAAGCGGAGGGCGCUGAGGAUGGUGCUGAGCUGCGCUGCGGUCUUCCUUGUGUGCUUUGCUCCUUACCACGUCACCAUGCCCCUGGACUUCUUGGCCAAGGCCAAUGCCCUCGGCAGCUGUGCCCUCAGGGACCGGAUCCUGCGCUGUCACCCCAUCACGCUGUGUCUGGCCAGCCUGAACUGCAGCCUGGACCCACUCAUGUACUAUUACACCACUGACGAAUUCCGCAGGCGACUGAGCAAGCCGGAGCUGCCCGAGGGCGUGACUUUCAGCAGGCGUCUGUCCUGCCUGACUGGAGGAGAGGAGUCAGAUGACGGGGAUGACUACGGUCACGCUGAAGGACCAAUAGUUUCAUCUCAACCACUAAGCCCUGACUAAAACUGUCUGUGCUCCUAAAAACUAUGGAAAACAUGAAAAAAGUGUGUGAAAAUAUGGGAGAGUUUGAAAAUGUGAAUUUGUUCCUAUUUAUUUUUUCAAUAAAAAGGUUGGUCUGUUCUUUCUAAA